UAUUUUUGUUGUUGCUGUUUUUCACUUCUGAGCUUUUGUCUGAGCUUUUGUCUGAGCUUUCUAUUGUCAUCCCUCGCCAACGCACUCUUCUUCCUGCUCGUCGUCGCUUCCGUCGUCGCUUCCUUCGUCGCCGUCGAAUAGAACCAUCAUCUUGCAAAUCCAAAUCAUGUCGAUGACUGUGCAGAAGCGGCUGAUGCGCGAGCUCGCUGAGGUUGAGCGCAAUGCAGCUGCAGAGUUUGACCUCGGCUCGAGCGAAGACAACCUGCUCGUCUGGACGGCCGUCCUGCGACCACCAGCGCCGUCCCUCUACCAAGGCGGCGUCUUCCACGUCUCGAUUCGCGUCCCAAACACGUACCCAAUGACACCGCCCGCUGUCAAGUUCUCAACGCGCAUCUGCCACCCGAAUAUUCACUGGAAGUCGGGCGACGUGUGCCUGGAUAUUCUCAAGACUGCGUGGAGCCCCGCUUGGACACUGCGAACACUGUGUCUGGCCUUGUUGGUGCUUUUGGACAAUCCUGAGGUGGACAGUCCGCUGAACUGCGACGCCGGCAACCUGCUUCGCUGCGGCGACAAGCGCGGCUACAAAUCCCUCGUCACCAUGCUGACUGCACUGCACGCAACGCCAGCAAGUGCGUCGUCCUCCCCAAAUUAGCGGGUUGUUGAAAUGGACUGUUUUUGUUUGUGUUGCAGGAGUGUUUUCCUUCAUGUUGUCGAUAUGCCCGUCUGUCUGUGUGUGUGUCUCUGUGUGUGUGUGUCUCUCUCUCUCUGUCGUUGUAUGCUGUUCUAUGCUGAUGCUAAUAUAACCUCCCUUCCACACC